CGCCCUGCAACAGAAGUCUGCAACGUUAUUAAAAUGAUAAUUAGCAUUAAUUACGUAUUGAUUUCCAUUACUGUAAGUAACCCAACUCACAGAGGCGGGAAUUAUUGCAACCCAUUUUCAAAAUACGUAGAAAAGUGAUAAUAAUGAUAAUAAAGAGUGGGAAAGGAAUUUGAAUUUUUAAAGAGAGAAAAAUGAAAAAGCUGAAAAGUUGAUUUUGAGGUCACACAUUGUCCUUCAGCUCAUUCACCAGCACAUGCUCUCUCUCUCUCUCUCUCUCUCACUGUUUUAUUUUAUUUGAAAAGAGAAAAGGUAAAGCUACAGAACAGCAGAACAAGAAAUAGAACCCACAUUAUCAGCUCCCUUAUGUUACUUGUAAUAUCAGCUGACAUUCCACAGAAUUUUUGCAGACUUGAUAUUUUAUUUAUUUCUUUUUUGAAAACUUGAAUCUGAAAUCAAUCUUUUGUUUUUCAUUUAUUUCUGGUUCCUCAUCUGUUGUCUGCACUGUUCUUGGUUUCCGGUCAAAGAUUUGAGUUCUCUUCCUCUGAUGGGUAGUUCGUAUUUUGGGAUUCGAGUUAUGGGUUUCCAGGUAAGUAGUGUGUGAUGCAGUAGCUGGUGUUAUUGUACGAUUGGAACUCAACAUGGAGAAAAGGAAAUGGUUGUGGAAGAGAAAAUCUUCUGAGAGGAUCCCAGGAGAAACCGAGAGUUCUGGAUCAAUAUCUUCUCUUUCCGAGAGAUAUUCUGAUGAUCAGAUGGAGGGUUUUAAGGGAUCUCCUAAUAGUAACAAUCAAUCACCUGAGGUGACAUCAAAAACUAUGUCGAAUGGUGAAGAUGUUGAUGAUAGCAUAAGAAGACUGACAGAGAAGUUAUCAGCUGCUCUGGUAAAUGUUAGUGCCAAAGAUGACCUAGUUAAGCAACAUGCCAAAGUUGCAGAAGAAGCUGUUGCUGGCUGGGAGAAUGCUGAAAAUGAAGUUGCUGUACUAAAGCAAAAACUUGAGGCUGCAGUUCAGCAGAAUUCAACACUUGACGACCGGGUUACCCAUCUUGACGGGGCUGUCAAAGAAUGUGUUAGGCAGCUAAGACAAGCAAGAGAGGAGCAGGAGCAGAAAAUCCAUGAAGCUGUUAUGAAAAAGACUCGUGAGUGGGAGUCUACCAAAUUUGAACUUGAGAGCCAGCUUCUUGAGCUCCAGAACAAAGCAGAUGCUGUUUUAUCUGAAUCUCCAGCUCAUAGUGAUCCUGACCUUCGCCAGAGACUUGAAUCUUUGGAGAAAGAAAAUUCAGUCCUCAAGCUUGAGCUCCUAUCACAGUCUGAGGAAUUAGAAAUCAGGACAAUUGAGAGGGAUUUAAGCGCCCAAGCAGCUGAAACAGCCAGCAAGCAACAUUUAGAGAGCAUAAAGAAGGUGGCCAAGCUUGAAGCUGAAUGCCGGAGACUUAAAGCCAUGGCCAGUAAAUCAGCCUCAAUUAAUGAUCAUAGAUCUACUGGUGCAUCCUCAAUUUAUGUUGAAUCUCUCACAGAUAGUCAAUCAGACAGCGGAGAACGGCUUGAUGCAUUGGAUAUUGAUAGCCGAAAGAUGAGUGGCAUUGACCAAAACAAGUGUGAGCCUGGUUGUUCUGAUUCAUGGGCAUCAGCCCUGAUUGCUGAGCUCGAUCAAUUCAGAAAUGAAAAGGCUGGAUGUAAAAAUAUCCCAACCUCUUCCAUUGAAAUUGGUCUCAUGGAUGAUUUUCUUGAGAUGGAGCGACUUGCUGCAUUGCCUGAGACACAGCAUAAGAACCAACAGCAAGAAUCAGAAUCUGCUGCCAAGAAUUCAAGUUGCACAGAAAGCUCAUUGAGAGCAGAGCUGGACAGCAUGAUUCGUCGAACAGCAGAGUUGGAAGAGAAGUUGGAGACAAUGGAAAGAGAGAAAGCUGAAAUUGAAUUGGAAUUUUCUGCUAAAGCCAACGAGACAAUAACCUUGUUGAGGUUUGAGCUUGAACACAUGAUUCAUCGGGCAACAGAUCUAGAAGAGAAGUUGGAGAAGGUGGAAGCAGAGAAAGCCGAACUCAGGAAAGCUAAUGAGACAAUAACUUUGUUGAGGUUUGAGCUCGAAACUAUGAUUCAUGGGGCAACAGAUCUAGAAGAGAAGUUGGAGAAGGUGGAAGCAGAGAAAGCUGAACUCAGGAAUGCUCUAAAUGAAAGUCAGAACAGUCUUGAGGCAUCACAAGCACGAUUAAGUGAUGUUGAAUCAGAGUUGGAGGAGCUUCAAAAAGGGUUCUUGGUGGCAAAUGAAGCAAAGCAUUCUGUUGAAUCCAGACUCAUUACCUUGAGCGGAGCUCAGUCCAUGUCCAUGAGAAGUAAUUCACUGGAAGCUGAUUUGACAAGAGAGGUCUCUUCAGCACAA